AUGGAUUUAAUCAACAUUCAAGCAUUUUCACUGAUAUUUCUUCUUCAGGUAUGCUCAGUUGUGUCCGAGAGUUGUACCUUUUACACGAGCGCCACGACGUUGGUUCGAACAUGCACUACCGGAUGUUGUGACAGUGGAUGCUGUGCAGAUGAUUACAAAUCGUUAGCAAUAAUCCUAGGAACUGUGUUUGGGUGUCUGCUGUUGAUAUUCAUCAUUGCAAUAGUGGUAGUUUGUUUGACGAGAGACCGCUGGUCGAAACGAGUCAAUCCUAUACCUAAAGAUUCUGUUCAGAAAAAGAGGAAUGAUGACGUAAUGCUUACUGACAUGGAAACCAACAACACAGCGUCAGUGUGAUUAGAGGCAACGUAAAGU